AUGGAUCACGGUGUCAUGUACUUGGAGGAUCCGGUUCCCCCCGUGACCCGUGAUCCGAGCCUGCCCGGUCAUGCGACACCCCUGACGGUUGUCACGAUUGUGUCCUUCUCGCUGGCGACGGUGUUUAUGGCCAUUCGACUGUAUGCUCGUCAGUUUCUCGUUGGCAGACUCUCGUUCGACGACUAUGUCAUGGGCCUGGCGUAUGCCUGUGAUGCAGUCAUGGUUGGCUUCACACUAAACAUGCUCAAGUACGGCAUGGGAAAGCACAUCUGGAACGUCCCUCUCACCGAUCUCUUCCCGCACUUCAACCUCAACAACAUGCUCGCGGCCGUCUUCUGGUGCGCCGCCACCGGCUUCGCCAAAGGCUCCAUCCUCCUCUUCUACCUACGCAUCUUCCCCGCCAAGUCCGCGCACAUUGCCGUCUGGGCCGCUUUCGCUUUCACCAUUGCGUACUCGUUCGCCUCGGCGCUGGUCAACAUCUUUGCCUGCGACCCCGUCAAGGGCUCGUGGGACUUUGAGGCGGCCGCGACGGCCAAGUGCAUCAACCGCGAGGCCUUCUACUUUGCGCAGGCGGGACUGGGUAUUGCGACGGAUGUGAUCACAGUCGUGAUCCCACUUCCUUGGUUGAAGACGCUCAAGCUGCCUACCCGCCAAAAAUUUUAUGUGGGCAUCAUGCUCACUAUGGGAGCAUUUGUCUGCAUCGUGAGCGGUAUCCGUCUCCAGUCCCUCAAAGUCCUCCUCAGCGACCGCGAUCUGACCCGCAACACCGUCCUCGCCCUCAUGUGGUGCGUCCUCGAGCUGAACCUCAGCGUCAUCGGCGGCUGCAUCCCCACGAUCAAGCCCCUCCUCAAAGAGUUCUUCCCCCGACUCCUCGGAACCAGCCUAGGCCGCAGCCGCACCGGCGACGACAUUUAUCUACAAUCAUCGCGCAAAACGGGUCGCAAUGCGGACAACGGUCCCUCGGGCGUGCGCUCAUUCCACGCUGGCACGCACUCUGCCACCGGUCGUCAGUCCGACACGGGCAGCGAGGAGUUUAUCAUUUCAAAAGCCUAUGGGUCAAGCACAAACGACGGCGUGGAGGAGGGCAAAAUCACGAGGUCAUACGGUAUUGAGGUGGAGACCACAUUCGUAAAAGACAACAAUAGACAUUCAUGA